CGACCGAGUCCAGGCGAGAGAGAGAAGCAACCCCGCUUCGCCCUGCGCAGCCCACCGCUGUCGCCCGCGCGGGUUUGAGGAAGCCAUGAGUGGCUGCAGUGAUGGCAGCAUCUGGAUAAUGGGAAUGGCCUGGGCAUUGGUGGUGCUGUGCACCAGUGCCAAGGGCGCAGAGGACCACUGCUUGCCUGGAGGGAAGCACAAGCCUAGUCCAAGCCCAGAAGGACAGCUGGGCAUCUGCCAGAUCUAUGCAGGGAAUGCCUGUUGCUCACCAGAGGUUGGCCAAGACCUUUCCAGAUCCAAUGACAUCUACUGGAACCGCUGUGGAAGCCUCAGCAGCAGGUGCGAGGAAUACCUUCAGCACGUGGAAUGUUUCUACCGCUGCUCUCCGCUUGCUGCCCGGUGGCCUCAUCCUCAGCGACCCACAGCGGUGCAGGCUGUGCCCCUUUGCCAGAGUUUCUGUGACCAAUGGUAUGAAGCUUGCAAGGAAGACCUGACCUGUGCUCGUAAUUGGCUUACGGACUGGCACUGGGGACCUGAAGGAAAUAACUGCAGUCGUGACUGCCUCUCCUAUGGCCAGAUGUAUAAAGAUGGAAAGGAGCUGUGUGAGGCUAUCUGGGAUGAUUCUUUCACUGUCAGCACGGAUCCCUGUGAGUGCCUGACACUGACGGCCUCCGACCGAGCCUUCGCAGCCUCCGAUUCCCACCCUGAAGACAGUGACAGCGUGGAAGAGUCUGACACCACAAAGGAGGGUGGCGAGAGAGAAGGCCGCAUUGGCCCCCGGGGGAUCUGCACAGGCAGCCUGCUGAUGCGUCGCCUGAGAAGGGACACGCAGAAGCGCUCCGUCUUCAUGGAAGAUGUGGAGGGGAGUGGGAGUGGGUUCUGAGCGGAGGCAGCCACACUCCCCAGGAAAAACAACCCCCUCCCCUUGAUUGCGGGGGUUGGGGGGAUCGCUUGUGAUCUAUGCAAAUCUUUCAUGUCCCAUUUUAUCAGCUUCUUGCCAUCUGGUCUAGCUCUGUGCAAUUUGGUAUAUUAUCAUGGGGCACAGGAUGCCAAUCUGGUACCUUAGCAGGCCUCUGGGUCCCAUGCUGUAGCAGUAGUUUAUUCCCACCCCAACCACCAGGGCACCUUCAUUUCCUGGGAGCCUAUUCCCAGCCACCAGUUUCCCUAAGCUCUCCAUUUUGUACAGGUAGAAAGGUGAGGUUGAGAUCCAUUGCUGUAAUUCCUUAACUCCCAACGCCCUGCUUUUCCUCUUCUAAUCACUCCCCCUUUGUGCCCUUCCCUAAGUUGGCCUGAGCAGUCCUCAAUCUGGUCCCCCUCUGGCACAAAGGGAAGUGGUGAUGGAGCUCCUCAGAGGCUGUGGUAAGGGAACAUUCUUGAAAGAGCGAGGGAUUGUUUGCACUGAAAACAAAUCUGAUAUAAUCUGCAGAAGGUAAGCCCCUACUGCUGCUAGUGCAGUGGCCUGUCGGACUGAGCCGUAACGCGAGGCCUGUUGAGCUCUACACAGAAGAGGCGAUGGAAAAAACACUGGCCAUUAGGUGGGGCGAGAGAGCUGCGCAAGUGGCUUAGCAGAACACCGCAGGCUUUGAGAAAGCUGCCAUUUGAGGAUAGAUAGCUGCUGUGUUACGUCUGCUCACAUCCAGCAGUGGGUUUAACUUUCAGGCAGGCACACACAAGCGGGCAGAUUAUUCACUGGUUUUACAAAGCUAGGUGAUAUCAAUGUACAAUCUAAUGUGCAUGUCAGGGAAAACACUGUGUACAAAAAUGCAGACCAACAAGAAAGCGGUCAGUGCCAUGUUGCAUCUGUUCAUGGUGGAAAAGCACCUAAAGGUAUGCAGAACCACAAGCCUUGAGUCCAAAUGCAGCCAGCCCGCUUUCUCCAGCUACCUAUCCUCCUGUGGUUUCUUGCCUUUUGUGUAGCUUCCCCACAGCUCCAUUUUAAAUGGUUGAGUUGAAUCCUCCAAGACUUAGUUAUUGCCAGUUAAGACCCUUAAUCUAAAACAUGCUGGGAUUUCUGUAUUUUGAUCCCACCCACGACCAGAAUCUAGCCCUCAGCCUGAAAAAGUUUCUGUGUCCUGUAUUCAUGAGGGAUGUGGGGGUCAGAAAUCCCAAGUCCUUGUACCUUGCCAUUUUUUGCAGCUGUCCUUGAAUUUCACCAGGCUAACCUACCCGUGUAUUCUUGUAUGGACACUAUGCGAAUUCCUUCGGUAAUACAAUCCACAAUAAUAGUUACGCUGUAAGUUAUCAGCACCUUUUCAUGUUCCUCUUGCUUGUUCACCCUCAGCCAUAUUUGUGGCAUUGUACUAUGCAUUGGUUCAGUCCUAUUAAUACCUGUUGGAAAAUUUAAAAA